UCGAAUACAGCGCAACAUUUUUCUCUAUGACAGCAUAAACUGUCCGUGGUCUUAAAACAACGUGAGUAGUGGUGUGGUUGGAUUUAUUCUUCCUCUAUUUGAGUGACUGUUUUGGCAAAUGUUUCUUUGAAACGACACAAACUUAUUUACUUCUAACGUGGCUCCUGCUAUCGAUAUUUGCAACUGUUUAUGUUUGCUGCUUCUGUGAGCCACAGCCAGUGCGUCGCUUAUGUCCGUUUGAGUCAAGUAAUUACUCCUCCUAUAUAGGUCUGCAAAAUAAAGGUCUCAAGUCAUGCUCUGUAUACACAGGCAUCUGAAUUCUCUAUCUGUAUGUAUGACGUCAGAUCUGUUUCUGCUACUGAGGGCUCCAAUAGUCACGUUUCGCCACUGCCUGUAUGAUCCUCUGGCCGUUAGAUCUGAAAGACUAAGCAAAAAGGCUGGUCCACAUAAAAAUAAUUCAACUAAUGUAGCAGGGAAAUUCUCAUUAAAAUACAGUCUAUUUCCCAUCAUACAUUUUACCUCACAAAUUAAGGUCCACCUUUGUCUGAACAUACCAGACGAAGACUAAUACAUUUUACAGGACAAAAAUACCUAUGGCAGGACUCCAUCUUCUAACUGAUUGACUGUUUUUCUCCAAUUCUGUUUUGUCCAAUUCAUUAUUAUGGCCUGGUCACACUGAGAAAUAUCCCAGGUCCAUCACUGGUGUAACAGGGUGACGCCGGACACGGGUGUGAGAUGUCCUUUACACAUGACGUUCAUUUCGGAACGCUUGGGUGUAAAACUUACAACCGAGGCCAAAAGAGCUGAGGCAGGGGGCGUUACUGCACCUCUACUUCCCAACCCUGGAUCCAAUGCACAUGAAGGAGCUGAAGCAGGGGGCGUUACUGCACCUCUACUUCCCAACCCUGGAUCCAAUGCACAUGAAGGAGCUGAGGCAGGGGGCGUUACUGCACCUCUACUUCCCAACCCUGGAUCCAAUGCACAUGAAGGAGCUGAGGCAGGGGGCGUUACUGCACCCCUACUUCCCAACCCUGGAUCCAAUGCACAUGAAGGAGCUGAGGCAGGGGGUGUUACUGCACCUCUACUUCCCCACCCUGGACCCAAUGCACAUGAAGGAGCUGAGGCAGGGGGCGUUACUGCACCUCUACUUCCCAACCCUGGAUCCAAUGCACAUGAAGGAGCUGAGGCAGGGGGCGUUACUGCACCUCUACUUCCCAACCCUGGAUCCAAUGCACAUGAAGGAGCUGAAGCAGGGGGCGUUACUGCACCUCUACUUCCCAACCCUGGAUCCAAUGCACAUGAAGGAGCUGAGGCAGGGGGCGUUACUGCACCUCUACUUCCCAACCCUGGAUCCAAUGCACAUGAAGGAGCUGAGGCAGGGGGCGUUACUGCACCCCUACUUCCCAACCCUGGAUCCAAUGCACAUGAAGGAGCUGAGGCAGGGGGUGUUACUGCACCUCUACUUCCCCACCCUGGACCCAAUGCACAUGAAGGAGCUGAGGCAGGGGGCGUUACUGCACCUCUACUUCCCAACCCUGGAUCCAAUGCACAUGAAGGAGCUGAGGCAGGGGGCGUUACUGCACCUCUACUUCCCAACCCUGGAUCCAAUGCACAUGAAGGAGCUGAGGCAGGGGGCGUUACUGCACCUCUACUUCCCAACCCUGGACCCAAUGCACAUGAAGGAGUGAGCUCCAUCAGCUACGGACCAAAACCACCACAGCGAAUCACUAGACUGCAACCCUUUCUGACCAUCCCUCCUAACCAGACACUGCUGAACCAGUUUGGCACUGCCGGACAGUGUGACCAAGAUAAAACACAAAUUUGCAAUUUGGCCCUCGUCUACUCCUCAUUCGUCAGAUGAAUACGAAAAACCUUGUUUUGUAAUCAUUGUUUGUAAUCAAAAUAAUUAGUAGGUACAGGACCAGAACCUUUACAUUUUAUUAACGGAAAACCAAAACCUUCACAUCACCCUUUUUGGUUAGCCUAGCCGUAACAUGACUUUGUGCUGCAACAUUAUAAUUUUUUUCUAUUCAGGGAUACAUUUUUUCAAUGUUAAAGUAUCCAAGAUGGCCAAGAGUCUGUAUUUCAGGGAUAUUAUUGAUGUUAUUAAA